UUCCCUUUGUGUCAUUGUAUUAUCUCGCUCCAUUUCUUCUCCAGAGUGUGUAUGACAGCCUGUGUGGUGACAUGGUGGUGUCUGUGGCUGACUGUGGCAGGCAUGGAGGUCUGGGGAGGAGGAAAGGAUGGGGAAAGAGGAGGAAGAGAGGAGAGGUCCCUUCAGCAAAUCCCCUUAGGAACCUCAGGAUUUCCCUUACCUGUGGAUAUUGACCCCAUUCCUUCAGGUCCUCAUGUCACCAUGCCCCACAUCAGCUUCCGAGACAUGGGUAACCUAGUCCAACAAGCUGCUGUGGCCGUGAACGAGAGAUUUGAUACUGUUGAACCUGCCAUAUACCAGAGCGGGGCGCGGCAGGUCCCCGGCACGCCCGCCUGGUUCAUGGCCGCAUCACACAAGACCAAGGUUGUAGCCAAGAACAUCUCCAGAAUUGCUCUCAUCUCAGAGGAGGCCACCAAAUACACUGCACAACAAUUCUGGCUGGAGAGAGACCAGGUGAGCUAUGGGCUGCCUACAGCUGAUGUGCGGGGGACGGUGCUGGGCGACCAGUGCCCUGUGGAGGUGGACUUUCCCUGCCAGCCACGCAAAUACCGAGCCUUCAACGGUUACUGUAACAACGUGCAGAAUCCGAGAUGGGGCAAUACCAACACUCGCUACCUCCGUUUCCUAACGGCGGAUUAUGGCGAUGGAGUUGCUGUUCCUCGCCAAGCUGUUUCUGGUGACUUCCUGCCAUCAGCGCGAGCCAUCAGCCUGGCUCUGCACCGCGACCAUGACACACCCCACAAGUUUAUGACAUCUGUGGCUGCUGUGUUUGGCCAGUUCAUCUCCCACGACUUGGCACACACGUCCCAGAUGGUAGGCUACAUUGGUCAACGUCUGCGCUGCUGUGGCGUCAACUUCCGAGACUUUCACCCAGAGUGUUACCCAAUCCGGCUGCCAGACAACGACCCGGUCUACUCCCCACUCAAGCAAAAGUGCCAAGAAUACAUACGGUCUGGCACUGCCCCCCGAACCGGAUGCACAUUGGGCCCCAGAGAACAGAUCAACCAAGUGACAUCCUUCAUUGAUGGGUCGGUAAUCUACGGGUCCAGCAAGGAGGAGAGUGACGAGCUGCGUGCCUUCUCUGGCGGCCUCCUCAAGGUGCAGCGCGGCCCGGCAAACACCCAGAUCCUCAUGGCUGACACCAACCAGAUUGACUGCAAGACCUCAGGAAGAUUCAAGUAUGUGUUUGUGUGAUAGAUGAGUGCAUUAGUUAGUGAAAGGGUUAUUCAGAGCCUUAGACUGAUGUAUUUGAGGUGAACAUGACAACCAGAUUGACUGCAAGACCUCAGGAAGAUUCAAGUAUGUGUUUGUG